GCCGUGCGCUGCACCGACCCCACAGUUGGAAGUGGCGCGGCUCGUUGAUGAACUAAUUAAAAAGGAAACUGCACCGCAAUCCCGAGACAGGCCAGCGAGAGUGAAAAUGACCGACGUGGAGCAGCAGCAAGUGAAGGGAUCCCAGAACGGCCACUAUGAGGACGGGGAGGGCCCGGACGCCGGUGAGGAUAUGGUGGCGGAUGGAGCGGAAGCUCCGGCGAGCGCCGAGACUGAGGGCUCGAAGAUCAACGCCAGUAAGAAUGAGGAAGACGCCGGGAAAAUGUUCGUGGGAGGUUUGAGCUGGGAUACCAGCAAAAAAGACCUGAAAGAUUAUUUUUCCAAAUUUGGCGAAGUUGUGGACUGUACAAUAAAGAUGGACCCUGCAACGGGGAGGUCGAGGGGGUUUGGAUUUAUCCUCUUCAAAGAUUCUUCAAGCGCCGAUAGGGUAUUGGAACAAAAAGAACACAAACUAGAUGGCAGAGUAGUUGAUCCUAAAAGAGCAAUGGCAAUGAAGAAGGAACCUGUAAAGAAAAUCUUUGUUGGAGGCCUUCAUCCAGAUACUCCAGAGGAUAAGAUCAGAGAGUACUUUGGAGGCUUUGGUGAGGUGGAAUCAAUUGAACUUCCAAUGGAUAGUAAGACCAACAAGAGAAGAGGAUUUUGUUUUAUCUCAUUUAAAGAAGAAGAGCCAGUGAAAAAGAUCUUGGAGAAGAAGUACCAUGAUGUUGGAAAUAGCAAGUGUGAAAUCAAAGUGGCUCAGCCUAAAGAAGUUUAUCAACAGCAACAGCAGUGGGGAGGCAGAGGCAGCUUUUCAGGAAGGGGCAGAGGUGGUGGUCGUGGAGCUGGUCAAAGUCAGAACUGGAGUCAAGGAUACAGCAAUAAUUACUGGAAUCCAAGCUAUGGCAGCAGUUAUGGUUACAGCGGGCAAAGUGGCUAUGGUGCAUAUGGAGGCUAUGAUUAUACUGGCUAUAAUUACAAUAGUGGUUACUAUGGUGGAUAUGGACAAGGAUAUGACUACAAUCAGAGUAAUGGUAACUAUGGGAAAGCACCAAGACGUGGGGCAGCUCAAGGUGGCUACAAACCAUAUUAAAAUGGAAUGUGAAUGCAGGUCAUCAACUGGGCAACGGGUCCUCUCAGUGCAACUGUGUUGCAAUUGGGGACUAAUUUCUUUGAACUGUUUUCAUUCUGGAUGACUCCCCAAAUGUACAGAACAGAUUGUUUUAGGGAAGCUUUACAACUUUUAAUUUUGUAGUCUGUCUUCGUGUCGUACAUUUCCUGUGACGGAAGUGUUUUUUUUACUAUACUUUUUGGUACCCAAUGGAUGCUGAUAAUGUAUUAUGUAAGUUUGUAUUUUACAUAAAAUUUCUGGAUUUGCAUUAAUGACUUGUUUAUUGGAGCAGUCCAAGUUCUUGAAAUAAAGUUCCUUUUGUGUA